AUGGCCAGCAUCUUCCAAAAGGCCGCGCGCUUGCUCAACAUCGGCAAAGCUCGCCACAUUGUCGGCUACGACCUGGCGGGCAACGCCUACCUCGAGCUCCCCUCGCUCCACGGCUCCACCGACCCGCGCCACACCCGCCGCAUGAUCCAGUGGAAGGAAAAGAUGCACCACGGCGAAUACGACCAGCGCUCCCUCCCCGUACAGUGGACAAUGUGGCUCAGGCACACCCGCCGCGACCCGCCCUCGAUCCACGAGCUCGAGCAGGAUCGCGCCCGCAUCGAAAUGGUCCAGCACAACGCCCGCGUACUCGCCAUCCGCGACCAGGAGGAAAGGCAGCGCCUCCAGCAGCUCCGACUCGAGGAGCACAACCUCGCAAAGCAGCGCGCACAGCAGCAGAAGCUCGUUGCUUCCCGCUCAGCGGCGGGCGCAGUGCCCACAUCGACGGUCCAAGACGUCCAGGCAGAGGCCGAACGCCAACGCCGCGUAGCCUAUGAGGAGUCGGACCCGGACCCGCAGACGCUGCAUCCCCGAGGCACCGCAGAGGGCAGCGACGCAGCCUUCCGCCAGGAGCGAGUGCCCGACAACGACGUGUGGGCCGCCAGCAGGGCCAGGCUAGCGCAACAGGGCCACGCACCCGCCCCUCCAGAACAAGAGCUCUCGAGCCCCAUCCUCGAUGCCGUCCAGAGGAGAAAGGCCAAAAGGGCCGAGUUUGAGUCGGAAGAGUCGGAACGCGAACGGGCGAGGAGGGAGAUGUCAAAGAGCCCGCUCGAGGCAUUUGUACCCGUCGCAAAGCCGAGGCGGUGA